UUUUUUGGGCUUUACUUUCUUUUCUCAGUGUAGAGUAAUCGUCAAAAACCAGCCUUUUCCAGCAAUACCCAGUUGCCAAAAUCCUUCACAUUUUCCUGUUCUUCAAAAAAAAAAGAAAAGAAAGGGAAUAUUUAUUUUCAAGCUGUCAUUGUCUGGAGAAAAGAAAAAAAUGUACCACCCCAGAUCAAAAUCAAGCCUUGACAAGCUGUUUUUGAGGCAGUUUUGAGAGAGUGUUAUUUUUGAGACAGUUUUUUUACUGAUCAGUUUAAGUUUUAGGUUGCGAAAGUUGCGCAAAAGAGAGUUUGUGGGAAGUGUUAAAGAGAAGAAGAGUUGAAUUUUAAGGAAUUGGAGUUAUCUUGUUAGAAAAAUGAGAGAUUUCCCAUCCUGUUUUGGUGAAAAUGGGGUGCAAGUGGCUGAUUCUUCAUCAUCAAAUACUAGUAAAAAUGCGCAGAAUUUGGUUACUUGUGUUUAUCAAUGUCGAAUUCGGGGUAGGUCUUGUUUGAUAACCGUUACUUGGAGCAAGAAUUUGAUGGGGCAAGGCCUAAGUGUAGGGAUUGAUGAUUCUGCUAAUCAGUGUCUUUGUAAGGUUGAUAUAAAGCCCUGGUUGUUCACUAAGCGAAAAGGGUCUAAGAGUUUAGAAGCAUAUUCUUGUAAAAUAGACAUAUACUGGGACCUUUCUUCAGCGAAAUUUGGAUCUGGGCCUGAACCUUUGGAAGGGUUUUAUGUUGGUGUUGUUGCUGAUAAGCAAAUGGUUUUGCUUCUUGGGGACAUGAGGAAAGAAGCUUAUAAGAAGACUGGUGCAACUCCUGUUCCUUCCACUGCCGUUUAUGUGGCCAAGAAGGAGCAUGUUUUUGGCAAGAAGGUAUUUGGUACCAAGGCACAGUUUUGUGAUAAUGGUCAAAUUCAUGAUCUGAUAAUUGAAUGUGACACGAUUGGUGUGAACGACCCCUGCCUUAUAAUUCGACUGGAUGGAAAGACCUUGAUGCAAGUGAAGCGGCUAAGGUGGAAGUUCCGGGGAAACCAUACAAUUUUGGUUGAUGGAAUGGCUGUAGAAGUUUACUGGGAUGUCCAUAAUUGGCUCUUUGGAGCAUCACUUGGAAAUGCUGUUUUUAUGUUCAAGACAUUCCUCGCAGCAGAAGAGAAGUUGUGGGUUAGCCAACCCAUUCCUAAUCCGAGUACGUUGCAAUGGUCUUUCUCGCAGAGAUUUCAAGAUUCCAAGUCACAAAAUCUUGGUUUUUCACUGAUUUUGUAUGCUUGGAAGAAUGAGUAGAGAGAUUGUGAAGUUCUUCUCAAGUGCUAACAGAAACUUUUAGUGAGUGGUGAUUUUUAUCAACUCUGUGAUUAAUUACAAUUAAUUUGAUAAAAAAUGGGUACAUUUGUUUUUUUUUAUUUUGGUUUCCCUUCAGUUUUUUCUCCCCGGAGUAACUUGAGCUUUUAAUGGAUCAAAAACAAUUUUAUUGUUCUUGGUCAGUUUGGUCAGCUGUAUAUCCUUGAUACAUUAGUUUAAUUCUCAAAUUUUGUUAUAUGAAAAAAGAAAAAUUCUUCAA